AUGCCCCAUCUGAAUCCAAGUUGUGGAAGAGUGUUGGGUCCGAAAAGUGGAUUGGCAACCAUACUUUCCACCGUCGCCUAUGGCGAAACUUAUCGUUUCUGCGACGGUGUGGAUGUCCAUCAACCAACCAGAAAUGUCUGCUUCACUGAUGUCAGUGUUGUAUAUGAUAUAAAACAAUUCGAAACAACGACAAAUGUUAAGGAUUCGACGGGGAGGUUGCUAAAGUGCGACGUCGGAAACAACGAAGUAACAGUGUUGUUAAGGAAUCUUUCAUUUCCAGGAGGGGUUGCAGUUGAUGAUGAUGAAGAAUUCGUCCUAGUUUCCGAGUUCAUCGGAAAUAGAACUCAAAAGAUUCAGGUCCAAGGCCGUAACCCAUACGAAUCCGGCAUCGUAAACACUCGGCCGAUACCAGAUAACAUUAAGAAGGUAAGAUCAUAUGGUUUCUGGAUAGCGGCAACGAGGAUAUAUUGA